CAUGUAUAGACAAAUGCAACACAGAAUGUAAAUAUAUGUCAUUGACAUAUUCAGCUUUGUUAUUUUUGAACAAUUAUGGAAAAUAAUUGACUCUUUAUUUUUUUUCAGGUGUUGGAAGUGGCAUACAAUACACUGCCCUCUAUGUAACACUUGGUUACAAUUUUAAAAGAAAUGUCAAUAUAGCUUCAGGCUUCGCUGUUUCAGGAGUUGGUGUCGGAACUUUUAUUCUUACUCCAGUAUUCGCUUACCUAAUGACAAUCUACACGUUAGAGGGAUUGUUCAUCUGUUUAGCGGGAUUGUCGUUACAAACUGUUGCUUUCGGUAUAAUGUUCUUUCCCUCUUCUCUAGAAAUGCAACAUAGACAAAAUUCGUCAAAUUUUCAUAAAGCAAGACAAAGCGAGAAUUCAAGUGAAGAUUCGUUCUCUGUGGUUUUAUUGAGAUUGUUUAAAACAUUACACUUUGUUGUCCUGUUGAUUGGUAUCGGCAUUGGUAACUUUGGCACGUAUAUCGUUUAUAUACAUUUUGCUAACUACACCAAACACAAAGGAGCAACUGAAAUACAGACUGCAUUCUUGUUGUCGGUAAUAGGGCUGGGUUCGUGUGUGUCUAGGAUUUUGACUGGGUUAGCUUGCAAUUCAAAAGUCAUUGACGAACCCACACUAUUGUUUGGUACCUAUACAAUAUGUGGAAUAUUUACUACCCUGUUACCUAUUUACAGUCAUACAUUUACCGGACAGCUCGUUUUUGCAAUUGCUUUUGGACUAUACGCUGGAUGUCUGUAUGGAAUUAUGAAUGGAAUUACUUUACGAUAUCUGCCCUUAAAUUACCUCGGUACCGCGGUGGGAAUCGAACUCGCCGUUAUAGGAUUUGCUAUAAUGACCGGACCUCCUGCUAUAGGUUUGAUAACAGACGUAACUGCCAACUAUGAUAUUGGGGUAGUAAUAGCAGGAUUAUGCAUUUUAGUAGGAGCCGUUCUGACAUUAGUUGCGGAAUCGUGUUAUACUACGAACAAGAACAAUGACAUUAGUGAUUGUAACAAGGACUUUAUCAUUUCUCUGACUGAAGAUGUAUCACCGAAAUUGGAGACAAAAGAGGAAUACGGACAGUGUAUCGGUAAUGAUGAGACACAGUCAAAUAAGGAGUCGGACAUGAUGCUUGUUGGAUAGCGAAAACCAGGAUGUUAUUGUGCAGUGUGGAAUCUGAUUUGUUUAAAUACCAGAAGUAAAAUUAUAGACUGUUUUCAUUUUAAACAGUAACAGUACGUACAAAAGAAAA